CCCUCCGCCGAUCUCAGCCAUUCUCCUCCUUCGAGCGACCCCAAAUCGCGUUCCUCCGCCGCAUCUCCUUCCCCUCCUCCCCCUCUCCGUUGGCCUCCUCUCUGUGGAUAUCUCCCGCCUCCUCCGCCGCAGAUAAGCCCAAAUCCCCUUCCUCCUCCUCCUUAAUGCCCCCUUCAAAGCCCUCUCCCUCUCCCCCGCCGCCGCCCCAGACGCCCACUGCCUCUUCUCCCUCUUUCUUUCUCCCGAUUCUUCACUCUGUAAUAAUUAUUAAAUUAAGAAAGGAAUUAAAUUAAAAGAAGGAAUGGAGAAGGGGGAAAGAAAUGGGGCUCCCGAACCGACUCCACGACGCCUCCAGCGACUCCAUCCCGAUCCUUCUCGUCGUGGCGGCCGCCGGGUGGGUCUCCUACCUCCGCUCCCUCCUCCUCUGCCUCCUCCACUCCCUAGGCCUCCAACGCCUCCACCCCUCCUCCGCCGCGGCCGACGAUCCCCUCUUCUCCGCUGCCGGGUCCGGCCUCGCCGGACUCGUCGUCGUGGCCUCCUCCGGACGCCCCUUCGCCUACGAGGCCUUGCCGUCGGCGGCCACGGAGGGGGAACAAGAUGAGCCGGGCUGCGUGGUGUGCCUCUGCGAGCUCGCCGACGGCGACCGGCUUCGGCGGCUGGAUUUGAGUAACAGGUUCAUGAAGGCACUGCACCUCUUUAAAGUGAUGCAACUGGAGAAGAGUGCAAAGCCCAUUGGGUUGGUGGAUGAAGGGUGCAGGUACUUUGUGAAUAUGUCAAAAGUUUAUGGGGUUCAGCCUGAGAUGAAGCAUUAUGGUUGCAUGGUUGAUUUGUUGAUUCGAGCAGGGUUGUUGGAAGAGGCAGAAGGGAUCGUCAGAAGCAUGACAAUGAAGCCAGAUGUGAUGCAGAAGACAUUAGAGAAUUUCAAGAACAUUAUCCUAUUAUCUUCGCCACAGGUAUCGUUUCUUUCUCCAUUAAUAAUAAUGGCUUCUUCUUUCUCAGAUAGUUUUAGUUUGCAGUGAGAGAUAUGGGAUGAUUAUGCUGUUAACGUACUCUUGAAGGCAUGCCAUAAUACACAGAAAUAUUGAUGCAGACCUGGAAAUCUUGUUCUUCUUUCCUUCACCUUUCUAAUUAUAUUUCCUUUCCCCACCGGGAUUCUUCAGUUACUUUUUGUAAUCAAGGAUAAACAAAUUUGGAUGAGACCUACAUGAUUUUUCUUUAAUUCCUUAUUUCCUUUUGAACUGUCUUAUAAUCUUUUAGUCCUCUGUUGCAAAUAAUCUAAAUUGAAUUACAUAUUAACAAAUGCAUAUGAUCAGGCAAUGGGGCAUUAGCUUCUGUAAAAAAUUGUAUGUCUUUUACUUUCAAGGCUGAUCACACUCUCACAUGUUCGUAUUCUAAUUAAAAUUUCUGCUGUUAUUUGAUAGUUACUUCUUCUGUAGAGAUGGCUAUGUCAACAAAAAACAAUUGAAUGCCUAGAUAUUGUGAUGUUCUAGAACAACUCAAAUAGAUAAACUUGGAAACUUCUGCUAGAGAAAAUGUUUUGAUCCAUAUGAAUUUAAUGCAGUUCUUAAGUAUAUCUUUAUUUUUACCCAUACUUACUGAAUUUAAUGUUAGCUUGAAGAGUGGGAUUUUUGCCCAAGUUUCAUUCCUCAUCAUCCACAAAUAUUCCCAAGAUCUCAUCAGCACAGCAAGAGGCUAAGAUGGCUGCAAGUAUGAUUCAGAUGGUUGUGAAAUGGGUCCAACUUUGGUACCAUUCUGUUUAGUUCAUGUGUAAAUCCCUUACUGCAUUCUAUCCAAUAUAAAUGUCCGGUAUUUACACUUGACCUGGUACAAAUAAUUGAGAUGCUUGUUUUUGGUAAUUUGGAAAUUGUUCCAUGCUUGGACUGGUUAAUUCUUAUGCAGCCUCUGACAGUACACUUACAGGAAAGCACAAGGCACCGUAAGCCUGACUUUCCCACCUCUGAGGCUACUGAGCAUCAGUAUUUGGCUGCAGAAUAAAUUUUAAGGGGAUAAGAAGAACUCAUCCAGAUAUUGUUGAAAUGAUGCGACUUAUUUAAUAGGACAGAAUUUUUUUGGCAUUGGGUUAGAGGGAUAAAUACAAGAAAUAAAGUAUAUUUAAUGCUGCAUAGGAUGAUGAUUUGGAUUUCUAUUACAAGGUUGAAUUUAUUCUCUCAUUCUUUUUGUUGUGUUUAGAGAGUGGUUAAGAAUAAAAAAAGUAACUGGAGGGAUAACUUUCCCUUUUCUAUGUUGUAAGAAUAAAUUCCCAUAUGAGGAAUUUAAUGCAGUUCUUAAGUAUGGGUUUGUGAUUCAUCCACUGUUUUUAAUAUUUUAUGAUUUAUACAUUAGUUACUCUUGCAUUUUUAACAUUUGGGGAUUCUACAGUUAUUAAUACUUCUUCUAAAUUCUCUUUUCUUUCAGAGAAUUUGUUAUGGCUUUGGCAUGUGGUGCAUGGGAGAGCAUGUCAUGCAUUACUGUUGUUUGCAUCAAGUUUUUGUCGAAAAAAACUUCAUUGAUCUGGCUCAGUCCCAUGGACAGAAAUUAGUGUUUAAAAAGAAAAUCCUUUCAGACGAACGUAUUGCAUACUUAACAUUGCUUGGGUUGAGUUAAGAAAGUUUGAAUGUGUUGUUGUGUUUCAGGUUUAAGACUUGGAGGAAGGAUACUUGCCGAUGAAACUGGGACAGAGUUAGUAUUGAAAGAGAGACCUGGAUUUUGACUUCAAUCCAUUUACAGAAAAUAGAAUUUUCUUCAGCCAUCUUGCUUUCUCUUAGUGCUGGUUAUUUUAUCCUCCCUUCUUGAUCUGGCCAUAGCUGUGGACAUGUUGUACUCCUAAUGUUUAUAGUCAUCAUCUGACCAAAGAUAUUUAUAUACUACAAACAAGAGAAGUUCAUGGUUCUGUUGGUUCUUCUGGUGGUCCUGAUGUGGUGCUGACGGUCCUACUAUAGUUCUCAAAAAGUAAUUGAUCCUUAGGUCUACCUAAACCAUCUUUUUAGCUUUAUAAUUAGCAUCUAAUUUUGCAAUUAUCAUCUGACACAGGACAUUUGUACAAAUGCACUAUAAAGUAAUGUAUGAGAGAACUCUCAUGUAGCAAUGAGUUGUUGAUGCUCUGCA